UUCAACCCACAUCGAGCCAUUCGGCUUCCAGAACCAAAAAGGCCACCAAUAGCUCUUUCUCAUCAGUUGGUCUGUCGUUAGGCAUCAGAUUGCUCCAGCUCUUCUGCUUAUUUUGACAGUCUAGUUCUCGUGUGUUUCCUAAGAGCAGUUCACCAUGGGUUUGACAAUCGGGAAGCUCUUCACGAGAUUCUUUGGGAAAAGGGACAUGCGUAUUCUUAUGGUUGGUCUAGAUGCCGCUGGUAAAACGACCAUUCUGUACAAGCUGAAGCUGGGAGAGAUCGUGACCACGAUUCCGACCAUCGGAUUCAACGUCGAAACUGUGGAGUACAAGAACAUUAGCUUCACCGUGUGGGAUGUCGGGGGUCAGGACAAGAUCCGUCCCCUGUGGAGGCAUUACUUCCAGAAUACACAAGGUUUGAUCUUCGUCGUCGACAGCAACGAUAGGGAUCGUGUGAUGGAAGCCAGAGAUGAAUUGCACAGAAUGCUCAACGAGGACGAAUUGCGAGAUGCAGUGCUGCUUGUGUUUGCUAACAAGCAGGAUCUUCCAAACGCGAUGAACGCUGCAGAGAUUACCGAUAAGCUUGGUCUUCAUUCGUUGCGCCAGCGUCAGUGGUACAUCCAGAGUACUUGCGCUACCUCAGGAGAAGGUCUUUAUGAGGGUCUCGACUGGCUGUCCAACAACAUCUCCUCUAAGGACUAAGCAUUGAGAGCCAUAACAUGGCUUGCGAGGAAGGACAUCACUAUCUAAGCACCCUGGACACUUCACUUGACAAGUUUUCAGCGCUAAACCAAGAAAAAGCCACAAGAUGCUACUCCAAGUCUUCUCUCAGUGCCAAUUUAUCUUUUGUAUCCCCUUCUUUCUAGCAACAUUGUGAAAUUCUUUUUAGUUGAUUAUGCACAUUGACAGUCUGCUAUGUUGUCUCACUGUUAGCAAUCAGGCUGAAUUAUGCAAUACAACAUGUAUGUCCCGAAUGGAAAAUCUAGUUGCAAGCAAAUGCAAGCAAAUUUGUUAAUGGGCCCCUAUUUUCGCCGUCAGCCGUCGCAGCGCAUUCUCUUCGUUUCCUUUUGUCGCUCAGUACGUCCACAUUUUUGUAGAAUCCGUGUUCUGUUUGACAGAAAGGCUUUAGAGUUCGGGUUUCGCGUUUCAGCGAACGAAACGGUGUCCGUAAGAUAUUUGCGCUGUUCUUUGAGAUCUUGGCGGGAUAACUCACAGCGAGCUCUACUCCACGGGAUCCCGUUGUCCGUGAAUAGAUUCAACACCGUGAGAACGUGUGCUGCUGAGGGCCGUUUGGAGCACGUGCCGUUUGAGUAGCGAUGCUCUGAAGAAAGGCGCCAAUCGAGGCACUUACUGACGCAGGUUGCUCUGAAGAACUAGCGGAGCGAUCGCCAAGUCUGCUUCAGCCAAUCAACGGCUUCCGCCUGCUCUUACGUCGACCCAAAGCGAUCGCGAAGGCUACUUCCACCGCCAUUUGCCGGCUUGAACCGUUUCGGAUCCCGGAGGUUGUCGCUCCCCGCCAGUCAUGUUCCGUCAUAAGCCAGCGCCGUGUUGUGGCCGGCGCUAUGCUCUGUGGUCGCUAUGCGCGGCUGUGCUUAUAGCGGGGGCUGCACUGAGAGUGGAUGCGAGGGCUGAUGCUGUUAUGGUGGGCUGCAGCGGGUUUGUGAAGCCAAGUGCUCAUCUGACAUCUCUGCUGGAGCAAGGGAGCAACUCAGAACCCAUUGACUACACUCGUGUCAUGGUGGAGCUACAGUCCCAUGACGGUUUCGUCCAUGAGAGGACAAACUGUGACGAGGAUGGCUACUACUACCUCAUGGCCCCUUCUCUGCAGGAUUCUUUUCUUAUCACCCUUCGAGGCCCUCCUGGUUGGUCCUUCGACGCAACCAAGAUGGUAGUGGUCGAUGCUGCCACCUGCAAUGCUGGCAAUGACGUGGACUUCCACAUCUAUGGGUUCGGCCUCUCAGGCCGCAUACUCAGCCACUCGCCAUCAGCAACAGAAUCGGGAUCAGGCUCAGCACAGGGAGCAGUGAAAUCACCCGAAGCACCCCUGAUAGGGCCUGCUGGUAUCCUCGUGACCAUACGGUCAGUCAGCAAUAACACAGACAGCAGCAGGAGCGGCAGUGGCAGUGCAGAGGAGGAGGGAGUGUCGCAGCAGCAGCAGCAGCAGCAGCAGCAGCAGUUGAGUGCGACGGCUGUUACAGACGCCAGUGGGGCUUUCAGCUUCACUGGCCUCCCUGUGGGAGCGUAUGAGCUGUCUGCCACCCACCCACUCUGGUCAAUCCGCCCCGUUACAAGCACUCUCGACACAAGCACAAGCAUCCCUGUGGAGGUUGGGUGGGACAGCAAGGACCUUGGAGCAGCGUUUUACGUGGGGAGCUAUGAUGCUUCGGAUGCUCAGAACCAGCCUGGCGUUGCUGUGGUGGCAGGCAGGGGCAGAGUGGAGGAUGGGGUGGGCCGUGGAGUGGAGGGAGCGACAGUGAUGGUGGAUGGGCUCUCAGUGGCUGUUACUGAUGCCAAGGGCGCCUAUUCCUUCACUCUCCCCACUGCCCUCCUCUCAUCUCCACCCCUCCAACAUCCCUCCUCUACACCCGCCCCUCCACCUCCUCCUCCCCCCCCCAACCACCACACUCUAUCAGCAGUCCGACCCCUCUACUCCUUCUCCUCCCUUCCUAACAUCGCCCUCCCUCCUGCUACCACCACCACUGCUGCUGCUGCUGCUGCUGCUGCUAAUGCUCCUGCUGCUGCUGGUGGUGCUAGUGCCACAACUGCCGUUGACUUGCCGCCCAUCCGAGCCGCCCGGUACGCUCUGUGCGGGCGGGUGGAGAUGGGCGGCGACUCGUCCUUUGUGCCGUGGAGACGCAUGGAGUUGAGCAGGGCUUCUGAGGCUGGGGGAUCUCAGGAAUGGAGUGCAGAGACAGAGGACGCAGGGACAGAGGACGCAGGGACAGAGGACGCAGGGACAGAGGACGCAGGGACAGAGGACGCAGGGACAGAGGACGCAGGGACCAAGGACGGAACCCUGCUAAGCCGGACUAAGGCAACAGGGGGUGCCAAAAGGUCCAACACUGGCAAAAGCAGCAGCAGCAGCGAGUUCCAGAAAGCAAGGAAGCGUGCUCCUCCAGUGAUUGCCGAGGCAGACCAAGACGGACGGUUCUGCUUCAUGGUGCCACGUGGCAGCUAUCAACUGGUGCCUGAGAUCAGCCCAGAUGAGGUGGCAGCAGGACUGGUCUUCUCCCCCUCUAUAAUGGAAUCCGUUACUGUCACAUCCUCACCAGUCACAGAUAUAGUCUUCAAACAGUCACACCUGUUUAUAUCUGGCAAGGUGCGCUGCCUCCAGCAGUGUGACUCAGCCGUUACAGUCACACUCCUGGCUGUCACAGAUACAAUGACCGACGGAGAAAUGGAGGGAGGUACAGAGCAGCAGCAGCAGCAGCAGGGGCAGCACAGGGGCACGUUCUUACAACGAGUUGUGCUGAGAGUGGGGGGAGAGGGGGGGGCGGAGGGAGAGGCUGGGGGCGUCGGGGGGAAGGGCAAGGGGAGGAAAGGCGAGGUGAUGACGAGAGGCACAAGUGGCUCCUUCUUCUUCGAUCAGCUGCUCCCUGGGUCGUACAGACUCGAGGCCCGCAAAACGCCCGUCGAUGCCAGCGACCUGCAGCUGGACGAGUGGUGCUGGGAGGAGGGCAGUGCUGACGUGGCAGUGUACGAUUCCCCUGUGACGAACGUACAGCUGGUGCAGAGGGGGUGGCGCAUGGUGGUGCGGGCAUCAAUGGAGGACAGAUUCACCUUGAUUCACAGCAGCUACGACCCCACUGACUUCUCUGUUUCACCCGGAGUGCAGGAGUUCUGCGUGGAGUCCCCAGGGGAAUACACCCUCGUCAUGUCACAUGCAUGUGCCUACUACGGGGCCCUCUCCCUCGCCUUCCACACCAACCAGCCGAAGCCCGUACUGCUGACUCCCACAGCGUAUCGUGUAUCGGGCCUAGUCUUCCUCAACACCUCCCUCCUCUCUCCCUCUCUCUCCCUCCUCUCGCUGGAAGCAAGCACCUCUGCUCGAAGCUAUCCUGCCAGCAGUAGCAGCAGCAGCAGCAGCAGCAGCAGCAGCAGUGUUACCAGCAGCAGCAUCGAAAGCCAGAGAAUGGCCGAUGGCUCUCUCGGUUCAGUGGGGUCCGAGGGGGGUGGCUCUCUGGUUCUGCGUCGGCCUGCUUCCAAGGAAGAUCCCGUUGCGGUGUAUGAGCAGUCGUUCUGGCUUGAGCCCAACACGGACCUCCUCCUCUCCCUGCACCACUCUGGCUUCCCUGCAACAUAUCCUCUUCCCGCUGGCGCUGCUGCUGGUGGGGUGAAGAAUGCGGGUGACGAGGGAAUGGCAGGCUCAGGGGAGGUAGAUCUAGGGGAGGUAAUUCCAGGGGAGAUCAAUCUAGGAGAGGGGUGGGAGCAGCAAGAGCAGGGGAAGCAAGAGGAGCGCAAUAUGAAGCUGGAAGCAAGGGAUUCGUCCAUAGACUAUCCACUGGGCGAGUCAGAGAUCCCGCAGGAGCAGCCUACCCCAGAUGGCACCUUCCCCUUCCCACCAUCGCCGCGACUCCUUUUCUACCCACGAGCCAUUCCUGUGAGAAUCGACCCCUUCAAGUGCCCCAUGCCCCUCCCCUCUGUGUGGGCCCGGCCAGGCAUUUUCCUCACAGCCCGGAUCACUCCCGCGCUGCCAGCUGUCAACGUGUCAGUGGUCGCUGACUCAGCCAGUGAUGCUAGGGGGUGGGAGGCAGGGGAGGUGGUGGGAUGGAGGCUGACUGUGGGGGGGAGGGGAGGAGGGGAGGAGAGGAGGGGGGUGGAGGGGAAAGAAGGAGAGGAGGAGAGAGUGGAAGAGGAGGGGCUGGAUAAGGAGAGUAAUGGAGAGGGGGUUGUUCUGGGUCCUCUGUACGACGAUGCGAGAUACCACCUGGAGUUACAUAAGGAAGGGUAUAUUUUCUUGUCUACAGGAGCCAAUUCCUUCACAGCAGAAAGGGUUGAAGCCACGCAAAAGACGUGCCAGCCUGGCAGCAGCAGCAGCAGCGGCAGGACUGGGGAGCAGCACGAAUGCAAGUGGGAGUCUUGACUUGAGGUCACCAGCUGUAGCCAUUUCACCUGGCUUUUAGGCAUUGCUGCUCACUGCUCACACCUAAAAAGGCCGGUUUUCAGCUCUCGGGCUCUCAGCUCCCAGCUCAAGAUAACAUCCUUACGAUACGACUCACUACUGGCCAGGCGCAUUGUGGCAUCUUCAGCUCAUGGGUUUAGGAGGUGCACGCUUGCUCCAUCCAUGUAAAGAGAAUCGGGUCAGGCUGGUUAAAGAAGGCUCUUCUCCUGUGGGAGCAGUGGGAGCUAGUGUUGCAUCGAAGUUCAAGGGGUAUGGGAUGGGAUGGGAUCGGAUGGUGCAGCAUCAGAGUGACGUACGCACCGUGCUGUACCACAUCCAACUCGCAUAAAUUUGCACAGUGCAAUAUCGUGCACAAGCGCUGAGAAGAGGUGUAGGAUUGCGCCCUUUUAUGCUACAACCCUGUAAAUUCUAAGUGUGUGUUCCUACGAGCUUCAUAUCAGGCUGGCCCUUAUCA